AGGAGGUGGAUCAAUUUUACCUCCUGGCCCCUCGGGACCCUCAUUCUUUUCAUAGACCACGAAUGUCCGCAUUGUUGAAAUCACAGGUGGGUAUUGCUGUUUACUGUCGUAUACCCACGUAGCAUGCAUUAAGAAAGCCGUGUGAGUUGUCAGUGAGAUUUAUACUGAUUUCAACAGACGGACCCGUGAUAAGACAACACCCAAAGGGAGCUUGGACUCGUUUAUCCCAGCAAACAGAAAGAAGGGCAGCCUGGACAAUGGCAUCAGAAUGCACUAAGACGUUCAGCUGGUCAGGAGUUCAUCUACGUUCAAGAUGGAGAUCAACGUAGCUGGUUUGGUCGUGCUGAUUGUGUUCUACGUCAUCAUUUUGGUGGUCGGAGUCACGGCGGCUAAAUGUGUAAAAAUAGACGAGGAGAAUAAAUCUGAAAUGGCCUCAGUUGCUGGUCGUCAACUCUAUGGUGUUGUGGGCAUAUUCACCAUGAUAGCUACUACCGUUGGGGGUGGCUUCAUAAACGGAACAGCGGAAUCCAUAGCAACAGGUGGUCUUGCCUGGACGAUUUCCCCCAUGGCUAUCUUUGUGGGUCUUGUCCUGGGGGGCAUAAUAUAUGCAGGACGCAUGCGUGAAAGGAAGUACGUCACGAUGUUACAGCCAAUCGAGGAGUGUUAUGGCCGCGUGGUCGCGUGCCUCGUGUACCUGGCUACACUCUGUGGUGACGUCUUCUGGACAGCCUCCAUCCUCAACGCCUUGGGCACCAGCCUGAGUAUAAUACUGGGUAUCAACGUGGAGACGGCUAUUGUGGUGUCCGCAAGUAUCACUGUCCUCUAUACCAUGAUUGGUCAGAUGAUAUCAGUUGCAUAUACUGACAUAGUACAACUAAUUCUGAUCACCGUCGGCCUGGUGCUUGCAAUUCCAUUCGUGGUGACGGACGAGCGUGUGGGUGACGUCAGCACCACGUCAGACGCAUGGCUUGGCUCUCUGGAUGGCCGACAUGCUGUGGCCUGGGUUGACCUUGCCCUUGCUAUGAUAUUCGGCACUAUUCCCUGGCAGUCGUACUUCCAGCGCGUGUUGUCAGUCCGGAGUGUGAGAGAGGCCCAAAUUCUGUCUGUCCUGGCGGGAAUGGGAACUCUGGUCCUCGCUGUGCCCCCUUUCCUGAUCGGCGCCCUCAGCACGGCCGCUGAUUGGUCCAACUCAAGUCUGACUGGUGGCCUUGACCCUGUGAGCGCCAACAUGAGCAGCAUGAUCCUGCCUCUUGUCCUGAAAGAGUUCACGCCAAGUGCUGUGUCCAUCAUAGGUCUUGGGGCGAUCUCAGCUGCAGUCAUGUCUUCCAUGGACAGCUCCAUCCUCGGCUCAAGCUCCAUGUUCACCCACAACGUGUACAGGACCGCCAUCAGGGCGCAGGCAUCAGAACAAGAGUUGAUGUGGGUUCAAAGACUAUCAAUCUUAGCAAUCGGAAUAAUAGCCACCGUGCUCUCCAUCUUCGUGAGGACUGUGUGGGGACUGUUUGUCUUAGCCGCGGACAUUGUUUUUGUGAUUGUGUUACCUCAGCUGACAUGUGCCCUGUUCCUCCCAGCAACGAACGGAUAUGGCGGGAUUGUGGGAUUUACUCUCGGCACAGUCUUGAGGAUUGGUGCUGGUGAAAGCUUCUUGGAUCUCCCUCCAUUUAUAUACUACCCAUUUUAUGACCAUGACGUGCCCGAGCAACUGUUUCCAUUCAGGUCAUUUGCCUUUGUUGUAUCGUUACUCGGGUUGAUAAUAAUUUCUUACAUGAUGAAGUUCUUGUUCGAAAAGGAAAUUCUUCAUCCAAAAUAUGACUUUCUCGGAGCUCUAGAUUCAGGAUGUGUGGACAUCACCUUAACAUACACAGACACAAAUAGAGGACUCGCGCUUGACAAAGUUCAUAUGCCUGAGAAAUUACCUGGUACAGCUAAUGACAUCGCAGUUGUCCGACACAAGCAGUGAUGUAAAUGAUGUUCAGUGAAUAAGCUCCAAAAGUCCAAAAAGAUACUUUCUUGAGACUGUUCAGAUAUGUACAUACAAUUCACAUUUUUAAGGAAGUCUCGUGUUUAAAUUAUAAAGAAACACAUUGCAUUUUACUCCAAAUUAAUCCAAAUUGCGUCAAAAUAUAAGUGAGUGAGUGAGUGAGUGAGUGAGUUUGGUUUUACGCCGCUUUUAGCAAUAUUCCAGCAAUAUCACGGCGGGGGCUUCACAGUCAAAAUAAAAGAAAAUGUAUAAUCCAUGCUUCUUGUUUGACUGCUCGUUGUUUAACGCCGCACGCCGCAUUAUUCCAGCAAUAUGAUUUUGGUUUGUUUGUUGUUUAACGCCGCACUCAGCAAUAUUCCAGCUAUAUGACGGCGGUCUGUAAAUAAUCGAGUCUGGAC